AGACUUCUCUGACAUUUAUGAGAAAGACAACAGAGUUCCAUGAAGACAGGUUGAAUACAUGGACUCUUACAUGCUGAUGAAUGAUCCUUCUAGACUUUACACUAUACCUCAUGGAAACCUUGAAACACUGGCGUUCACUUCAUGGAUUUAUUGUUAUGUUUAUGUUCCUUACAACGAUCAGCAAAGUUUCAGCAUGUGAGGCUCCUUCCAGUCCUCAGUGCUUCAGAAGAAACACUGAGGAGUCCAUGUACAGAUGUGAAUGGAGCAUGAAUAUGACUGAGAGGGAUGUGACAUUUGACCUUUACUUUGAUGGAAGAAAAUUUGGAGGCAUUAAGGAGACAUGGUCUUGCAUCAAUGAAGAACAACUUAUCCAAUAUCGUCCAGUUGAUAUUUGGGUAGAAGCUCACGUAGGAAACUCAAGCUGCACAUCAACCAGGACAUCUGUUGUACUCGUCCACACAGUUAAGUACGAAGCACCACAAAAUAUUUCCAUUUCUUGGUUAAACAACAACCUCAUCUUAAGAUGGAGACCUGCAGAAAACCAUCCAGCUUUAGCCGAGAUCUGGUUCCGACAACGUGACCUCCCCACAGAAUCAUGGGAGAAGAGAUUAAUAACAACAAAUAUCACAGAUGAGCCUCUAAUGUACCAGGUCACUGUUGUGAAUCUGUUGAAGAAUUCAGCUUACCAGGUUCAAAUCAGACAUAAGUCAAAUCCGUCCAUCAUCAACCCACUGUGGAGCGACUGGUCUCAAGAAGUGAUUGUUCCUGCAGAACUUGAAGAAGAACCUGAAGUCUACAUGACAACAGAACUAACUAAAGCAAAUGGGACUCGAAUGGUGACACUAAUUUUAAAGCCGGUGCCACCUGCUGCAGCAGUCAGUGGAGUGAAUUACAGCCUGAAUGACACACAUUCUUCUCGUGGAUGUCCUUGUCGGAAAAUGAGACCUAUCUAUGACAUAAAAAAAAAUACAUACACCACUUAUGUCUCAUACUCUGCUGUCAACAUCUCUGUUUUCGCUAUAAACAGAGCAGGGUAUUCUCCUCCAGCAGUCAUACAAGUACCUGCCGCAACUGCUGCAGAUUUAAAAACUUGUAACCAAACGUUACUGGAUAAAAAAUUUAAAACACAAACUUGCCUUGAGUUCUACAAGCUUCAGGAUGGAGAUUCAAGGCCAGAAAAUGUCAUCACUUUAACGAAAAGGAUGGGGGAGAAAAAAAGGAAGCAAAUCAGAAAGACCAUGGAGGACUACGUUCGCUACCUUUACUUUGAACACAGAUGUGACCGUGGGAAACCAAAGACAGUUAAAAUGUGCCUCUUUUAUCAAAAAGAGGGUGAGCCUCUCAGAAAACCUCAGGACUUCAUUGCUUUUGAUGAAACACAGAGUUCCGCUGUCCUGUCUUGGAAAGCGAUUCCAUCUGUAGACCAGCGAGGUUUCCUCACACACUACAGCCUCUGCAGCGUGAAAAUCAGCUCACAAGAUGAGCCGAAAGAGUGCUGUAACUUAUCAGCCUCACUGAUAAAACACCAUCUGGAAAACUUGACACCUGGAGCAAAAUACAACAUCACCCUGGCCGGAGUGACACGAGUGGGUGAAGGCCCAAAAGCCACAAUAACUAUCAACACACUCCCAGAGAACCCUGUGAAUGUGUGGUGGAGUCUCGGCUUGCUGUUUGUGUUCUUUUUAAUCUCAAUAAUGUGCACCUUAAUCUUGAAGAGAAUCCAAAACAAGAUCUUCCCUCCUGUGCCGACACCGGUUAUUCCAGAGUUCACUUCUCAUCCAGCAGAGAGUCAGGAGAUGCUGGAGGAAAAAGAGGAGGUGGAUGAGCUGACGCUGUACCAGCUACACCCAGAGGGCAAGUCUGUCUCCGAAGACGCAGAGGAGAUCACUGACCUUGCAGGAGAGUGGGAUGAUGGCACUGACGAGGACAUUGAGAAUGUGAGGGGUGAUUCACGGAUGUCAGGAGGAACCAGCGAUGAGUGUUUGAAUAACAGCUCCACAGCUCAGGUACUAAGGAGGUCCACUCUAGGAGAAAUUACAGAUCUGGAACAGGUGGACAACGAGAUCGCCAUGCUGAUAUACAGGAAUGGUUUGGUUUUUGAUGUGAAGACAGAUUCGCCUUAAAAUGGAUUUCACUGAGGGUUUUACUGCCUCACAAGCACAAACUUGAACAAAAACUAUUAAGGGUUCACAUGUUUGUUGACUUAUAUGAAAGACUGGACAAAUACUUUUCAUGUUCUAAUAGUUUUAUCUUUUUGAGCGUAUAUUGUCUUUUUGCAAUGUUCUAAUCUAAAAUUGUCUUGUUAAAAUGAAAAUAUAUGUUGAAUUUUCAUGUUGAGUUAUGCAUGUGACAUUUUUAUAUAAGGACGCAAGUAUACAAAAGCAGAAGAGUUAACCAUUCACAGGCUUUGUCAAUGCCUGUGCCAAUAAACCUUUUUUUAUUUGUGCAGAGCAAAUCCUGGUUUAGACUUUUAUGCUUUCAACUUUUUGCAUGUUUUAGGUGUUCAAAAAUCUCAUCAUAGACACAUUUGAUUUUAGUGGUAUUCUUUGGGGAUGGUCUAUCAGUAGGUCCACCACUUGGUCCAAUAUCUAAACAACUGUUUGACAGACAUUAAUGAUCCUCAGAGGAUGAACUCUGAACUGUAGACUCUUGCUUUUGUCAGCAGCUAUACCUAGAUCCAAGGAUGUAGGUUUCGUGUCAACAGUGGAGGGGGCACUUGUGUCAAUGGCACAUCAAUGAUAAAUGAAUUCAGUAGAAAUCAUUAUUCUCUUGCUAAUUUGCAUCUGACUGUUAACUGUUUAUGUACUUAAUACAUUGACUAGACACUAAUGGAACAGCGGUUCUAUUUAGAUGUUUUGGUCAAAAUUAUUGGGACGAUUCAGUAGUCGCUGAAUAAUGGUAGUGAUAUGUCCCUAACUUCUGUCUUUGUCCGUGUCUAGCUCAAUCUCAAUGAAAAUCAAUAAAAUAAACUAAAAUAUUAUCAAACCAUAAAAUGUUAUACCUAUACGUAUACCUAUGAUAAGAGAUACACCAAUAAAACAACCAUAAAGAGUCUGACACAUUGUUGGUCAGUAUACCAACCUGAUGCUGCAAAAACAGAGAACCAGUGUAUGUGAUAGCUCAGCAGCACAAAAGUGAGCCUGUCAAGAGUUGAACAUGUGACAGGAAGUGGUCGCAAAAAGACCAUAAGACCUUAAAUGAGGCAGCACAUGCAAGGUGAAAUGCUAGAUUACUCAUAACCAAAGAAACUUCUGUAGUGUUUCAGUCUACCCCGUUUGAAUUAGAACAUGUAGUGUCGAUUUUGUAAGAAGUGAUGACACUUAACAGAAUUUUCCACCACGCUGCAAGGUGUUUUUUUCUGGUGCCUGUCAAUUUUAUUUGAGGCCUGCUUGAGAAGAGUGAAAUCAGCAAGAACGUCCCUCUGUUGACAGCCACAGUUUAAUCUCUCAUCUUACCACAUCAAGAUUAAAAUCAUCUGUCCUGACCACAGACAAUCAUGCCCAACAUCUGAUAAAUGUAAUGUGUGAAAAAAUACAAUACAGAUACCAAAACAGA